AUGGAGUUAGGAGAAGUUAGCCCUGGCCCUGGCCUUCCACGACCACCUGAGCUCGACAGCCUAUUCACCGACGAGGCGUGGGCCUCCCUUAGCGAGGAGAGACGCCGUUUGAUUAUCGGAGUUUCGGAUGACGACGAAGAAGAGAGUCACAUCCAUCAGCUCCGUCAGGCUCGCAAGGAUCGCCGUAUCCGACGCAAGGCCCUGCAGGAAGCUCUGCCGGAUAUGCACCCUGGCAUCAGUCUCGAUUCCAACUUACCAUUGUCCAGGGAUGUUCGGGAUUCAGAUCUACUCUUGUGGAUCCGAGAACAUCGUAUCCGUAACCUCUCAGCAUCUCUACUAGGGCCGAUGCGGUAUACUUCCUGCGAACUCCUAGGGAACAGAUGCGCACAUCAUCCUCGUCCUAUGCUACAUUUCUUCGGUAUUUCAGUCAAGUUCUACAGGCAUGACUUGAAAGUUAGGUGUGAUAGCACUAAUAAGCACUCAUAUAUUGAUAUCUAUGGCUUGAUUGCUGUAAGGGAUUCAUUAGAUUUUGCUCGGAACACUAUUUUUCACUGUUCUAGAGAGAACGCUCAACCUAUCGACCUGGAUGGUGGUUAUUUACGUCUGUGCUACCCUGCACGAGGCAUAUCUGCAAUGGGUUGCUUGAUUGAAAUUGAUAUAAAGAUCAAGGGCAAGAAGGUUGAGGAAGAUUUGCCAGUUAUUGAUGGAUCUGUGAAAGCCCGUGGGCAGUUUGAGCCAUGGACUAUUAACCAUGUUGAUGACAUUAAUGGUAAGAUUAUAUUUGAGUCAUGUGUUGUCCGUAAAGGUGUUGAGGCAACUAUAGACCUGGAUUUCAUGGAGGUGCCAUCAGGCGGCUUCCAUGUGCAGAUGUGUGGUAAUACUCUCCGCCAUAAAGCUUUCUACAACUUCAUCAAUGAACGUUGUGACGCUGAAGACUUUAUAGCUUCGCCUGGGAAGCACGGGAAGAAAUUUGUAGCGGCUGUUAAUAUAGGGGAUACACUCCGUAUAGACUUCAGGGAGAAUGGGCGAGAGGCUCUCUCUUUUGUAGCCUGCAAGCAUGGCAACAAGCGCCAGCUCUAUCGAUUCAAUAAUGGAGCUGUGGUCUCUGUGAGAGUGUUUUGGUCAACCAUUGUCAGCGAUCGGUCAUUUCUGUGA